CUUGUGCAGAAAGACCUCUUUUUGUAUAAGUAUUUUUUAAAAUGUCAUACAUUUCUUUUGCAUUUUUAGUAUCUCUCAGCCAAUUCCAAAAUAUCAUCAAUCACCCACUGCACUAUAAUAUUCCGUGCUUUGAUGUCUCUCUUUAUAAAUUCACCUUGUUUUCUCAUCGUUUCAUUUGCUUCUUCCAGAAUAUUUAAGACAAUAUACUGUUCCAAGACUAACUUUACUCUGAACUCCCGUGUAGUAAAGCCAGUUUCAUCAAACGGUUUUAGAUUAGCAACUUGUACAGCUGAAGCCAUUGUACUUCCAGUGACACUUCCAAAGAAUACUUCUGUGCACCAAGUUUCUCCCCAAACCAACAAUUUUUAUUACAGAUUAGAUUUAUACCAACAAUACUAUUAUUUCAUUACUGGACCCAUGACCUAUUCAAGUUAGAUAGUUUGGGCAAAAAUAAAAUAAUCAAACGUUAAUGUUUUCAGCUUUAUUUCUGACUUUUACAACAUAAUGUCAUCAACUCCGCAACUCGAUUACCUAAACUAUACAUAAUAAAUAUACAGAGAUUGCUAAAACUAAUGGGCAAUAUCAACAGAACCUGGUGAAUUUAUACCAAUCUAACUAAAUUUGGUUCAAUAUUGAAAAACAUUUACAAUGCCACUACCUCAUUGGUCUCCAAAUACACACUGGGAUGGAGAAUCUUUGAAACUAUUAACAGCCUUCGAUCUUGAUCCACUACCAAACGUAUCUGUUGAUGACAUCACUAAUAACACAGAAAAAUUUCCAAUUAAAUUCCCAACAAAAACCAACCAAUGCACAUUCCUAAAAUCAAAAACUACGGAUGACGUUCUAUCUAGAAAUAUCCACUCUGUAUAUCCAUUACUACACGAAAGUAUUUUGAAAUUGUGCGCAGACUUUAUUGUCUUCAAAAGGCAAUAUGGUGCCGAUAUUGAGAAAAAAUAUUACAAACAUUUAACACUUAAAGACUUGAUUGAUAAAAUUUUGAAAAACAGAGCUGUUAUUUUUUUGGGAGAAGACGAUGAAUACAGGCUUUUAAAUGGAAAGUACGGACAUGGGUGGCAACAUAUAGGAACCGAUAAAGAAAGAGAUCCUUUAACUAUAACAGAAGUUAUGUCUUAUGACGAACUGAAACUAUCAGCAUUUAUGUCAGUUACAUCCUAUACAUAUUUCGUGAAUAAGGGACAUCGUACUAAUGAAGGAAAAUUUCAAGAAGACAGAAAUGAGGUAGAAGACGAAGGCAUCAUCGUUGGUAUGAUUGGUACCAGGAUAGAAAAAGAAGGAGUCAUGGAAUAUCAAGAUGUAGUUAUCAGUAAGAGACAGAACACAAAAGACCACGGUUUUGGUAGAGAUAUUCAACACACCGUCCCAAAGCUAUUCUCUAAUUUUUACCAAGAAGAAUCGUUGACAUACGACGAAGCUCUUACAGCAAAAAAUAAUGAUUCCUAUGGAAAAUACACAACGAUAAUCGGCGAUCAAUUAUUCGAUAAUCACUUUUAUUAUAAAAGGCUCUCUAUUUCGGUGGAUACGUUGUUGUUAGAGGCGAAUUCGAGGGCUAAAAGUUGCUCGAAGUCGGCUUAUCUGCACGUUGUAGGAUUAGGGUUAGGAGUGUGGAAGAUAUCUGAUCAUCAGAAUAAAGUUUAUAUGGAUACGUUCGCUGAACGACUUGCCUCUUUGGGAGAAAAGCUACAAAAUAUAAGUGACAUUUGCUUCGCUCACAUAAAACAUGACAAAUGCGGAAAUUAUGGAGACAACGAGAUAUUUCCUAUAAAAGAUCAUUCAAAUGGAGGAAUAAAAGUUCAUUUCCUCGAGAGAGAUCCACACGCCAAAUUAACAGACGAAGAGAAAGGCAAACUGCUUGUGGUGUCCUACGCUUGGGAUGGCAACGCCUUGCCAGGGAACGAAUACUGGUAUGGCAGUUUAUCGGGUAGCGGAGACCCGGCUGCAGCUUGUUCGACCCAAGUCUGUGAGGUCCAUAAUCCUCAUAUAAAUCCAUUAGUUUGUGCAGAUAAUUUGAGGAUAGCUACAGAAGAUGGCUUAUAUAGCGUGGAAGAAUAUAAAAAAAUUAUUAAUGAUCAAUUGGGAUUAGGACUAAUGCAGCCAAAAAUAAAACUACCCGAUUGGUCUCCCAACGCAAAAUGGGAUGCCGAAUCUUUGAAACUGUUAAAAGACUUCAAAGUCGAUCCUCUACCAACCGUAUCUGUUGAUGAUAUCACUAACAACACAAAAAAAUUUCCUAUAGAAUUACUAACGAAAACCAAUCAAUGUACAUUCAUAAAAUCAAAAAUCGAAAAUGACGUACUUGAUAGAAACAUUCACUCUGUAUAUCCGAUAUUACAUGAAAGCGCUUUGAAAUUAUGCUGCGAUUUUAUUCUAUUUAAAAGACAACAUGGAAACGAUAUUGAAAAAGAAUAUUACAAAAAUUUCACCUUAAAAGAUCUCGUUAAUAAAAUGUUGAAAAACCGACCAGCUGGUUUUAUUAUGACACCAAUUGAUAAAUAUCUACUUUUGGAUGGAACAUUCGGAAUGCGAAACUGGGAAUACAUAGGAACCAGUAAAGAAAAAGAACCUUUAACUAUAGACCAACUUAUGUCUUAUGACGAAUUGAAACUAUCACCGUUUUUAUCAAUAACUUCCUACACUUAUUUUGUUAAUAAAGGACAUCGUACUAAUGUAGGAAUAUUUGAAGAAGACAGAAACACUGUAGAAGAUGAUGGUAUCAUCAUUGGUAUGGUUGGUACCAGGAUAGAAAAAGAAAAAGUCACGGAAUAUCAAGAUAUAAUUAUUACUAAGACCCAGAACACAAAAGACAACGGUUUUGGUACAGAAAUCCAACACAGCAUCCCGAAAUUAUUCUUAAAUUUUUACCAAGAAGAACCGUUGACAUACGACGAAGCUACAGCCAAAUAUAAUGAUUCUCGUGGUAAAUACACGAAGGUAUUAAAAGAUAAACUUUUCGAUAAUCAUAUCUAUUACAAAAGACUUUCUAUAUCGCUCGAUACGUUACUGAUAGAAUCGAAUUCCAGAGCUAAAAAUAGCUCUAAGUCGGCUUACCUGCACGUUGUUGGAUUAGGUUUGGGAGUAUGGAAGAUAUCUGAUCAUCAAAACAAAGUUUACAUGGAUACUUUCGCUCAAAGACUUACUCUAGACGGCAGUAGUGAUCCUGCUGCUGCUUGUUCCACGCAAAUCUGUGAGGUCCAUAAUCCUCAUAUUAAUCCGUUGGUUUGCGCCGAUAAUUUGAGGAUUGCUACAGAAGAUGGCGUUGUUAGUUUAGAAGAAUAUAAAAAAAUCGUUAAUGAAAAAUAUAUACUUUAA